UACUACUACUACUACGUCACGUCAGUCUUGUCCCUUCGGCCAUUACUCCUCAGUGGUGCUACUGCAAAUCGUCUUUAUAGUGCUCAACUGCUCGAGGUGGUAUAGAAAAUUGCUGGCAUAACCUUCCAGGAAGAUUAUAAGCAUUUCUGGAGAUUUUUGCAAGAAUUUAAGACGAAAGGUUUGGGUACUGUAUGAAGUGUAGAGUCUCCUUUUGUUAUGUAGCACAUCAAAAGCUAUGGUAACUACACUUUCCUGAAUUAGAAAAAUUUAAGCAAAAUCUGGAAAAUCUCUCGUCGGAAGAGAUACUACUGUUCAUAUGAGAAAGGAGCCAUUUGUAUGAAAUAUUGGAAAUUAGUUUUGUUAGCAACACCACCCCAGAACUUGAAUGUCAGUUCACACUGGAGGGAGGCAUUUCAGAUCCUGUGAAUGUGGCAAAGAAUCUCCCCAGAAACAAAUUCUCUUGAAGCAUAUUAAAACUCACCAUGAAAAGAAUCCCUAGAAGUGUGAGAACUUUUUCUCAGAAAACUCAGGUUCCUAGCAGUCAUACGAGGGCUCACAUUGUGGGGAAUCCACUCAAGUGUAAAUGCUGUGGGAAAGAAUUUUCUCGGAAAGCUCAUCUUGAAAGUCAUAUGAGGAUUCACACUGAAGAGAAGCCUUUUAAAUGUAGUGACUGUGGGAAAGCAUUUUCUCAUAAAAAUUAUCUUAACAUUCAUAUGAGGGUUCACACUAGAGAGAAGCCAUUUAAAUGUAAUUACUGUGGGAAAGCAUUUUCUCAUAGGAGUAUUAUUUACAAUCAUAUGAGGGUUCACACUAGAGAGAAGCCAUUUAAAUGUAAAGACUGCGGCAAAGCUUUUUCUCAGAAAAUUAAUCUUGAAUAUCAUAUGAGUGUUCACACUGGAGUGAAGCCAUUGAAAUGUAAUGACUGUGGGAAAGCAUUUUCUCAUAAAAGUUUUCUUAAAAUUCAUAUGAGGGUUCACACUGGAGAGAAGCCAUUUAAAUGUAAUGACUGUGGGAAAGCAUUUUCUCAGAGGAGUAUUGUUUACAAUCAUAUGAGAGUUCACACCAAAGAGAAACCAUUUAAAUGUAAUGACUGUGGAAAAGCAUUCUCUCAAAAAGGUCAUCUUGUCAGUCACAUGAAGGUUCACACUGGAGAGAAUCCAGUUACACAUAAUGAUUGUGAAUCUCAAGCUGGUGAUGUGAUGAAGAAGAAACAUUCCAUCACUUUAGAGCAGAAAAUGAAAAUUAUCAACCUGCAUGCUGCCGGAAAGGCAGUCGCAACCAUAGCACGUGACGAGCAUCUGUUGCAGUCAACGGUAUCCACCAUCAUAAAGAAGAACAGAUCAAGGCCUUUGGAAGAAAUGGAGCAGUUACUGGUUGCAUGGAUGGAGGACCAGAUACAAAACUGUAUUCCACUCAGCCUCUCCACCAUUCAAAGAAAGGCGCACUUGUUUUUCAAAGAAAUAAAGAAAAACUAUGAUGAUACCUACAUCAAAGUCUUUUCAGCAAGUCAUGGCUGGUUUCAGCGUUUCAAAACCCGCCAUAAUUUUCAUAAUGUGGAAAUUAGUAGUGAAGCAGCAGGCACUGAUGUUGGAGGAGCUGCUAAAAUUAAGGAUGAUUUACAUAACAUCAUCAAUGAUGAAGGGUACGUGCCGGGUCAAAUCUUCAGUGUCGACAAAACGGGGCUGUAUUGGAAGCAGAUGGCUGAACAGUCAUUUGGCCAAAGAUUAGAUUUAAACUUUGAAGGGGAAGAUAUCCAAGAGCAUAUAGAGGUACAAGAUGAAGAGCCAACGCCAGAAGAUUUAAUUGAGCUUGGAGAAGAGAGGAAAAAAGCAGAAGAGGAAGAAGAAAUUAAAGAGGAGCCAGAGCAAAAGUUUACGACAAAUACAUUGGGAGAGGCAUUUGCCUCAAUUGAACAUGGUAUGAAACUGUUUAGUAAAAUGGAUGUGAAUUCGGAAAGAUUUGCUAAAGUUGAGAGAGGGCUUCAAGAUGUUCUUGCACAUUACAGAGUCAUUUAUGAAGAACAGAAAAAAUUUCCUGUGCAAGUUACAGGUGAUGGUUUCCUUAAGACGACUCUAGUACCAUCCCCUUCUACAUCUGAGCAUCAACCCUCUACAUCUCGAGAAAUAACAGCUGAAAAUGAGCAAAUUGAUGAACCUGCUGCUUUAUCAUGGUCAUCCUCCUCUUCUGAUAUUUACUAGUUCAACGUAGCCAUCGACAGCCUGCACUGAUCAAGUACGCCAACGACAGAUUGAAUCUUGCUUAACUCUUAGUGGACGGACAUGCUAACAUGAGUGGCAAAAACAGGUUAUGGGUGGACAACAGUGUGACCCAUGAGUGCUGAACGUGACAUGAAAAUGUGAAGUCUUCAAGAGAUGGUGUCAUAUGGAUACUGAAAUCACAAAUCUUAUUUAUUUAAUUUAAUCAGGGAAAGGAGACACCUACAGUGUCAUCAUUUUUUUGUUUCUGAAGCAGAGAAUUCCACAAGUGCCUGUAGGUCUAUGUGACGUCAUGCCAGCCUUUGUGAAGCAGAGCCUUACAUGGGACAGUAGGCCUGCAUGACCUUAUGCCUGCCUUUCUGUGAAGCUGAGAAUUACACAUCAGUACCAGAAGGCCUAUAUGAUGUUAUGGUAGCCUGUUUGUGGAAGCCAAGGAUGAACUCUGUGACAGUAGGUCUAUAUGAUGUCCUGCCAGCCAUUUGUAUGAAGCUGAGAAUUACACAUCAAUAACAGUAGGCCUAUUUGAUACCAUGCCCAUUCUCUUCUGUGAAGCUGGGAAUCACACCAGUUCCAGAAGACCUAUAUGACGUCAUGCCAGCCUCCACGUGAAGCCGAGAAUGACAUCGGUGCCAGUAGGCGUAUGACAUGUUAUACUAGCCACUUUGAUGACACUUUCAGGGAACAACAGGUGGUGGUUUUAGGAUGAAGAAGAAAUAUUAUUUAGUAUCA